CCGGAUACUCUGCGCGGAGUGCCGCCGGGCUUCGUACGAGUUGCGUUCGAUAACGAGGCCUAUCACCGGAACAUGGUGUCCAACGUUCGCCUCCAAGCUCUACGACUUGAUAGCGCUUACAGUGCUACGAAAAGCAAGCGGGAUAGGGACGGCGAGGACAGGCGCUCACUCGAAGAACGUCUCGGAAACGGCAAGAUGGCGGCAUCUGCGAGUAGCGACAUGCGGGGGGCUGAUGGAGUAACACGAGAUCAGGGAGGAGCGGAAAGUAGCACGAGGCGCAUUUCACGGCAUGACACGCGGCGUUCGUCGUGGACUUCAGACAUCAGCAACGACUUUCUUACAACCAGCGACGCUUUCUUCACACGCAAGCCGCAACCCACAGGCGAAGCGGUCGCCAUAGGGCGUUUUGUCCGAGUGCGUAC